AUGGGUUUUCUUGACCGGAUCAAUCUCACAAUCACGAUCGCCGUCAUGUCAGUACGAAUACUGGAGGGUCUGCGAGGAGGACGGAAUCUUCUCCAUGAAGGAUACCUCUUCAGAUUGAACAGAAGACAAGGUGAAACGUCUCACUGGAAAUGCCAUAAUUCUCGCUGCAAUGCAACGGUCACUAUCACUGAAGAUGUGUUGCUGAAAGCCUCUUUCGGGAAGCACGCACACGAAGAACCCAAAGGCAAUGUCCAUCGGCUUCGGUUUGCCUCAAGACUCCGAGAGCGAGUGAAAAGGGACCAACUCACUCCCAUACCAGCCUUGUAUAGGGAGGAAUUUUUGGCUAUGAGAGCCGAACACCCUGACAAAGAAGAAUGGCUUCAAUCUUACGAAACGGUGAAAAGUACUCUAUAUCAAAUCAGAUCCAGCACUUUUCCCAAGAUGCCAAGGUCACGGGCAGAACUCCAGAUCCCACCCAAUUAUCUGCUCACCAUUGCUCAUCAUCGUCCCUUCCUUUUACGAGAUGAAGGCGGAGGGAAGAGAAUACUUAUUUUCAGUACUGCAGAAAGCCUUUGGAAAAUAGCACAUGCUGAGCAAAUCUUCAUGGAUGGGACGUUCCACGCGUCCACGAAACUGUUCUUUCAGCUCUAUACAAUCCAUGUUGAGUUCAGGGGAAAGAUCUCUUCUAUGCUGGCUGCUUUCCUGCCGGAUAAAACCGAGAGCACGUAUCGACGUCUUUACCUCAUAGUUAACGACAUCUUGGAACAGCAUGGCCUUGAACUAAAGCCGAAGUGUGUUAUCCGAACCCUUCAGGAAGAACAGUCCUCAGUCGAAUCUGCAAUCCAGAAGCUCCAAGCCAGCUCAGGCAUCCAGGCGAAACAGAGACCUCGGGACGUCCAGCGGAAGAACCUCAAAAGUGCCUUGGUCCAAGAAGCAAUAUCUCUCGGAGAAUUAAUGGACUGUGUCGUUGAUAUGUUUAUUAAGAGUCGUACGUGA